AUGUCUAAAAUGCAAUGUGCAGAAUGUAGCAACAGUCCAGCAUGUAACGCUGAUACAUAUUUUGAGAAACAAAUGUUUUGUUGGGAAAAGGAUGUUAAAAAGUGGACACCGACCAAAGGGAGGAGGGUUUGUGGAGAAUCGUGUUUUAUUGGAGUUGAUCAGAUUGAAAUGGGUUUUGUGCAAGGCUGUGGUACCUGCCCUUCUCAAUUGGAAAAAUGUGCUAAAUGUAAUACCCCAUAUUGCAACGACAAAAAUAUACUUCCAACUAUAAAGUGUCACUACAACAUUGCUAAAACUAAGCUUUAUAAGAAAAAAGUGAAAAAAUGUCACCCUAUGCAUACUCAUUGCUAUAUUGCUAAGGAUAAAUUUGGGAGAGGUAUUAAUUUAAAUCUUUGGUUCUUUCCUUUUAGCCUCAAAAUAUUUUAGUCUGUCAAGAUGGCAUUUAUUUUAGGGUUUUUGUGUUUAACUAUAAUGGUGUAUUUGUCAAAAUUAAUUCUCAAGUUAAAAAUCCAUAGCCUAAGGUUGUUCCUGUCCCCGAGGGACG